AUGGUUGAUGAGAAUCUGGAAAUGCAGGAGGUGGAACAUGAUCUCGUGAUUGUUGGAGCAGCACGUCAAUACCCAGGAUUCCGCUCCGAAUCCGGUCUUCGCAUGAGAGGUUUCUCGGAUAUACCUAUUGUUCUUCCUCCAGAUGCAGAGACAUAUCAUGAUACAUUUGAAGCGGAAUAUGUGACAAAGUAUCUAGAAGGAUAUGUACAUGUACAUGUUUACAACGAGAAGAGUUUGAGAGAUCGAGUAAUCUUUGGGUUUAAAGUAGGAGGGAUUGAGAAGAUUGAUGGGAUUUGGUCGGUUUGGAGUGAAGUUGUCAAGAAUGGAAAUGGGAAUGAGUAUAAGAGAAUCAUCAAGACCAAAAAGUUGGCGAUAGCCACUGGUCAGAAUUCUCUUCCUUAUAUCCCGACAUUUCCUAACCAAACGAACUUUCAAUCUCCUAUCGUCCAUCAAAAACACUUUAGACAAAUAUCCACAUCAGCUCUAGCGUCAGAUUUCCCCUACACGGCAGUAACCAUUCUUGGGGGAGGUAAAUCCGCCGCAGAUAUGGUAUACGAAUGUGUGAAAGCCGGCAAAAAAGUAUCCUGGCUCAUUCGUCAAUCGGGCGAAGGACCCGCCAUCUUCGCCGGCGCGAAAGGACGAGGCCAGUAUCGCAAUAGUGCGGAAAUGUCUGCCACGCGAGCCUUUUCCGCGCUAAGUCCCUCGUGUUUCGCGGAGCAGACUUGGUGGUCUAGAUUCAUUCAUCGCUCGAGGAUAAUGAAUUCCAUCGUAUCGAGGAUAUGGAAAGGCGCGGAUGAAGAAGCUACCAAGCUUGCAGAUUUCGAAAGAGAAAAUGCGCUACCCGGGUUCGAGGGCUUGAAAUUCGAAAGAUACGGUGGCGAGGAAUGUGAGGGUUUAUCGGGGGGGUAUUGCACAGCUGGAUGCUCAUGCGAUUGUAAGCGCGGAUAUCCCUUUUUGAGUCCUGCACAAAUUCGCGAAUUUGGUUUACCGCAUCCGGGAAUCGAAGAUUCCGAAGAAGAAGCGCGGAUUUGGGAUUCUUUGACUGAAAACGCAACACGAGAAAUCCUUACCUCGUUCCCGAAACUGCGAAAUCCGCCAGAUUCAAUGCAUACCCAGGGCCAGAAAGAAACUACUCAAGCCAUUCCAAGCACCCCCACGCGUCUCUACAAAUUCCUCGCUCCCCUCAACGAUUUGCCAGACCCCUCUCUCGUCUUCCUCUCUCACGUCCACCUCUCCAACGCCUUUCGUCUCGCCGAAGCCCAAGCUCUCUGGACCACCGCCUAUUUCUCUUCCCAUCUCUCGCUUCCGGGCUUGCGAGAAGCGAGAUGUGAAGUUGCGUAUCAGAAUGGGUUUUCGAAAUUGAGAUAUCCGGCGCAUGGGGAGGGGGGAAAUUAUUUUCAUGUGGAUUUGGUGGGGUACACGGAUGCGUUGGUGAGGGAGGUGGGGUUGGGGAGUUAUAGGGGAGGGGGGGUGUGGAGGGAUUGGGUUAGCACGUGUACGGCGCGGGAUUAUGGGGGGAUGAGGGAGGAGUUUUUGGGGAGGUUUGGAAAGAGUGUGUGGAGUGAGAAGGAGAUAAAGGAGGAGGAGGGGGUGGUUGGAUAG